AUGGAUGAGGUAUUCAAGAAUAUCCUUGGCGCAGGAGAUCAAGUUGAUGCGGCGGCAGUGAGUGAAUCAUUCACGGUGUCGUUUGGGAAUGAAGUAACUGUUGAAACAAUCACCCUUGGGGAUCUGCUGGGUACCGCAAUACCUGUAGAUGUGGCGGACACUACAGAUGCGAUUACCGUAGUUGAAGUCAGCUCGGAGCCGUUGGUUGAAAAUGGGGGCACAACUGAGACAUUUAUGGAUUAUAUCACGGAAGGAUCAACAAAUAUCACGACUGAGACUCCAGUGAGCAUUGUCACGCCAAAACCGGAAGAUAAUGGGCAGACAACAGAAACGUUUGUGGAUUAUAUCACUGAAGGGGUGACCGAGUUGACCACUGAAGCGCCAGUCGCCAUUACGACUCCAAUACGUGUUGAUAAUGGUCAGACGACCGAAACAUUUGUGGAUUAUAUCACUGAAGGGGUGACCGAGUUGACCACUGAAGCGCCAGUCGCCAUUACGACUCCAAUACGUGUUGAUAAUGGUCAGACGACCGAAACAUUUGUGGAUUAUAUCACUGAAGGGGUGAUCGAGUUGACCACUGAAGCGCCAGUCGCCAUUACGACUCCAAUACGUGUUGAUAAUGGGGUGACCGAGUUGACCACUGAAGCGCCAGUCGCCAUUACGACUCCAAUACGUGUUGAUAAUGGUCAGACGACCGAAACAUUUGUGGAUUAUAUCACUGAAGGGGUGAUCGAGUUGACCACUGAAGCGCCAGUCGCCAUUACGACUCCAAUACGUGUUGAUAAUGGUCAGACGACCGAAACAUUUGUGGAUUAUAUCACUGAAGGGGUGAUCGAGUUGACCACUGAAGCGCCAGUCGCCAUUACGACUCCAAUACGUGUUGAUAAUGGUCAGACGACCGAAACAUUUGUGGAUUAUAUCACUGAAGGGGUGAUCGAGUUGACCACUGAAGCGCCAGUCGCCAUUACGACUCCAAUACGUGUUGAUAAUGGUCAGACGACCGAAACAUUUGUGGAUUAUAUCACUGAAGGGGUGACCGAGUUGACCACUGAAGCGCCAGUCGCCAUUACGACUCCAAUACGUGUUGAUAAUGGUCAGACGACCGAAACAUUUGUGGAUUAUAUAACACUGGGGCCGGAUGAGAACACCACAGUAGCAGCUGAAGUGACACAGCCCUCCACAGUGGCUCCAAUAGAACUGGAAGUCACGACAGAAAUGAUGGAAGCUACUAGUCUAGCCAUGGAGCCUGUAGAUGCCUCCACGAUCGUCGCUGACAUCACAAGCACGGUUGAAGUUGUUACUUCUGGAGAUGCUACCGAUUCAUCGAUUACUGUAGAUACGACAGUUGAUGUUGUCAUCACGACAAUCCUUCCAGAAGUGUCUUCCACGGCAAUUGAGGGAGAAGUUACUGUUUUGACGACGCUCAACGUCGACUCUACUGCUACAGAACUGUCGGUAACUACAGAAAUAACCAUUGCAACAGAGGACACGACACUUUUGGAUAUUACUGAACCAAGUGCCACUAGCUCUGAGCCAGCAUUGACUACUUCGUUUCUCUCAACCGAGCCUGUCGUUACUGCUGAAGCUGCGAUUACGACAAUGGAAACAACCGUUACAGAACCAACCCCUACAGUCGCGAUCACUGAAGAAAAUACCUCUACUCAACAACCAAUCACGACUGACAUUUUCACAACCCAAGCGGCUACGAAUCCACCUGAAACACUUACCUCAGAAGCAACCACUGAUGAACGUACCAUAGCUGAAGCGUCCACAGCCAUUACGGAAGUAUCAGUUACUUCCCUUAUCGCUGAAGUCACCACCGCGCCCUUUGUAGUUACAAUGGGAUUACCUGCCGGUUUCGUCUACCCUGACGACUAUGCCAACCUCCAACGCGGUUAUGCUUUUGGGCUAUCUAAGCAUAUCUACCACACCGAUCCGCAUUUCAUCGACGGCUACAAGGGGUACAACAGCAAUAUGCAAAUUUCCCCGGGCGCACUGCUGAACGCGACUUUUGAAGGUGAUACGUCUGCUUGUCCGGAUUUGAUUCCAUUCUUCAGCUGUAUGGAUGGGCUGAUGUCCUACAAAUUGUCAACGACUAAUGGGACUGGAUGCGAGCUGAUUGGGUACGGAACGUCGAAGGAGAAUUGCGGCGCCAACCAGCCGGUCUACGAGCUGAACAACAAGAUUUUCUCGGACCAUUUCUACACCAAUUUCAUCGAUGAAGCCCGGGCCGUGAACACGAAUAAUCUCUGGUUUGCCGGCACCCUCAGCGAGACGCCAAUUAUUUAUUUGUGGCCACGAAUCCAG